AAAAUAAGUAAAUCAAAAUGGCGUUUGGUGUGUAUUGCAUCUUCGCCACUUUCGAUUUCAAUAAUUUAUCGUUGUUUUAAUUAAAACGGUGGUUAGAUGACGAUUCGGAAGAGAAAAAGGCAAAGGAAUUAUCCUAGAAAUGCCUAAAGGCGGGAAAAAGGGGAAAAGACGACAGGACUUAGUUAACAGUUCAGGUUAGGCUAAAUUACUAAAAGUUGUAGGCUUUUACUUUUAUAUUUUAUUUAACGACGAAGUCAGAAGUGGCUAUUCCGAUUCGGACCCGGGUCACUUUAGGCUAAAUGAAUGCUAUUCGGAUGUCAUUUGUGGUAGUUUAUUUUAGUUAAACUGAAGAAGUAAGUUUACAAACAUAUAAUAGUCAAUUCAAUUAUUUUUCAUUUGAUUCUAAAUUUCGUCGUACAAACUCAACAAUAAUAUUUUAAAUAUUUUUUAAAUAAUAAACCCAACCUCUCAAUCUUUUCCAGGCCUGAAUCCAUUAUUAUUUUUAAUUACUAUCACUACCUACUAUGUAAAAUAUAAAUAAUAAUAUAACAUAAUAAUUAAAGUUAGUAGCAAGUAGACUUAAAUUUAAAAAUUUUAAUUCGGCUAAACUCAGCCUUAUACACUUUCUCUUAUAAUAUAAUAUUAUAACUUACAGUUACAGAUUAGGGACAAUAGGCAUAGGACCACCAAGCAUGACAAUAUAAAAUAUGCCUAAAUCUAAUUAUGUCUAAGUCUAAUAAUAAUAUUACUUAGUGCCUAACACUACUAACUGUACCAAAAGAGCAGCUGCAAAGUAAAUUUUCAGGAAGUGAGCCUUACUAAUGACUGAUGAGUAACACUUGGGGUAGUGUAAAUAGUCAAUUAUAUAGGCCUAAUAAAUUAGAUUAGAAUUGAAUAAAUUAUUUGUAUUUGAUAGCUAGGCUGUUUACAUUUAUUAUUAUACUGCCUAAGCAUAGGCAUAGACCUAGCCUGCCUAGGGUAGCAGUUCUGAACAUUUUUUUUUAGUGCUGUGACUGUGGGCUAGAGAUGAGAAUAGAACCGAAAUAAACCCUGUUGACGUUCGAACCUGAACUUCCAAAUAGUUUAUGUGAAUUUAGAAGCAGCCAAAGUAAUUCUAAGUAUUUUAUUUUAUAGUUUUGGGCUGUCCAUAAAGUAAGUCCCCCCCCCCAACUAACCCUGGUCACAAAUUUUGGACCCCCCACCCACUUAGUACUGUCACACUUACAAUACUAAUACAAACUAAACAAGUUAUUAAAAAAUCAACAGAUAAUUAAAAUUUAAUCCAAAGCACUAUUCGUUUGAAACUAUCAUGUUUAUGAAAAGUGGCAUCUUCUAUCAGAAUAGCUACAUCACAACAGAAAGUUAAACAUUACNCCCCCAGUCUGUAAGACUUUCUUAGACCCCGUCUGGAGCAUGCCAUACUUUAUGGAUAUCCCCUUUACUUGUAGUUGAGUUGUAGUAUAUUAGUAUAGUAUUAAGUUUAGUCACAGGGUCAGAGUCUACAGCUUAUUAUGUUUAGUAAUUGCUAAAUAAUGUGUCUUAUUUCAGACAUUAGUCUACUUGACUUUGCAAAUGCUCGAAUACCCCAGUCAUGUGGUCGCUUAAAGAAAUCUGUUGUCAAUCCAUCUGGAGCUGGAGGUAAAUGUUUAAGAUUCUUAUAUUUUACAAAGUUGAACAACAACAAUACUGUUUUUUUUGUUUUUAUGUAAAACAGAUAAACAUAUUUCACCUUGGUGAUUCUUAUACACUAUAACAAAUGUCAAAUUAAUAUAAUUUUUCUUCUUCUUUUUGCAGCAAUGCCUAAAUCUGUCAGUGCCCAAAAGUUGGUAGAUAAAGAGGAUGAGGAAGUUUUAAGCUGGCUUGACCGAGAUCUUGAGGAUUUUGUUAUAGAAGAUAUACCUGAAGAGGAUGAAGAAGAUACAGCACUCCCUGCAGGUGAACAUAUAUUUACAUAUGUUUUUUGAAAACUAUAAUUCUUUUUAAGCUUUUAAAAAUAAGAAACUUGAUAACAUUAUAAUGCAAAUUGCAAUCAUUUAAAAAAAGGUAAUCCUAGUGAUUCCAGCAGAAUGGCAAAGGCUGUUAACUUUUUAACUGUUUUAAAAAUUUGCAUUUUUAUUUUCAUUUUUUCUUUAAAGGGGAGAUAAUGGCAUUUUGUAUAGAAACCUUUUACUGGAUUAUCAACUAACUAAAAAGUGUAAACAUUGUUACCCAGUACAAAAAUUGUAUCUCUUCAAAUCUUAAACAAAAUAAUAUUUCAUCAGCUGCACAUACACCAAUAAAGGAUAUAAAUAAGAAAAAGAAAGAGAAAGGCCUUGGAGGGGGAAUAAUAUAUCCAGCAGACUUGUGGUUCUUGAUAGGCAACUAUGUACACCCAGAAGAUGUCGGCAGGUUUGCAGGUAUAUGCCGGGGAUCUUAUACGGUUACCAACACAGCUGCUUUCUGGAGGAAAAUCUACAAAAGGUGAAUAAAACCAAAUAAAAAAUUUUUUUUUGUCUGUUAGUAAUUUGUUGAAAUGUAGAUAAGAUAAGAUUCUUUUAUUGAUCCAAAUAAAUGGAAAUGCUUUUUGAUUGCAUUAUACAUUUUCAGCACAUAAAUAAAACAAUUUGAAGACUAGACAUUUAUAAUAAAUUAUCUCAAACAGCCAUUCAGUGAGUUCUCUUAGCCAAAUCGGGGGACUUAUUAGUUCUCAUGAAGAUAAGUGACUUCAGAGGGAGCACGCCAGGAAAUUCGUACAGAUUGGGGAACAAAAUAAUUUUUAUAUCUUUCAGGCCUCGCCCUGAUGGAAAGAAUUCGUCCCGAAUGGCCGGAUCCUAAGUAUUUGUGCUCAUAUUAGAAAGGGGAUAAGAAACUCUUAACCAUAUCAAGGGAUAGUUUUGGCUAAUUUUAACAUUAUCUUCAUUUAGAAUGAUUAAUUUAUUUUCUUUAAAGGAAUCUUUAGUUAGUAAACUUAGGUAAAUAAAAUCAGUUUGAAAGUGACUUAGUCACAGCUAAUAAUACACAUAGGAGCAUAAUACUAGCAUUUGUUGCCCUGAGAUAUGUGAAUUUUACAAAAGCAAGGAAGAACUUAAAUACUGCUAGUUUGUUUUGGUAAAGGCUUUUACAAGAAAAUAUUUUGAUUAUAAUGUGUGGUGUGUUUGGCAAAGACACCUGCUUUUUCUCGUAUUUAUUCAUAAAAUUGUAAAGAUUAAAGAUGAUAUGCAAUUUAAAUUCAAUGUGGCUUGAGAUCUGAGAAAUUCUGACUCCAACAUCUGACAUCACAAAUGUUUAUAUUUUCUUUUGAUUUUCUAUUUUAAUUCAAUAAAAGACCCAGCACUUGGUCUCUUUGGCCAAGCAACACAACUUCCUGAGACUGGUUGAUUUGUUUUAUUAAUGAGUCUUUGAAUACAGUAACGCCUUUGGUCUAUUCCAGAUAUUAUUACAAGGGUAAGGAAGGACUGCCCGAACACGUCAAACCUCAUAGCAUGGAAAAACUACAUGGGCUACGGGCACGUGUUAUACGUUCUAUGUUUUUCCUGUAUCAACCACUUGUGUCCAGGGUACAGAGCAGAGGUCCAAUGGAAGAUGAACCUCAUGUUCUCAAAGGUAACCUGCACAAAAAAUAGAAAGUAAUUAAUUUCAAAUAUAGGGACAGGAAAUUUUAUCAAAAUCACCUCAUAAUACAUAAAUAAGACAGCCCCGAAAUUCGUGUUUUCAAUUAAAAAAUGCAGCAAGUUAAUUUUAAGAUUCUUCUUAAAAAAUCGAUUAUGACUGGUCCUUUUUUUUCUUCCUUUGCUUACUUUUCAGGGCACAGGUGUCUCUUGGCAUGGCAUCAACCAGCAACCAAAGGUUGGCUCUUUUGCUUUAAGUUCCAGAAACCAUCUUUUCAGUCUUUGACUAGCAGACCUUCUAAUAAACUGGACGUCUAUCACGGUAAGCAGCCUGUGGCAGCAAAGUGGGAAUAACGUCAUAUUUUUCUUGUAUUAUAAUUAAAAUAGGCAGGCUGCACGUUCUAAUUGGUCGUUUAUCUUCUUAUGACAGUACACAUGUCCUGGUUCAGUAAAUUAUAAUUUGGUCAUUCUGCAGGUUACAAUGACUUGUUCUACAACCCUGAAGGGGGAUGUUCUGUGCUUCAAGUGACUUGUUGUCACUUUGCAUCUGUUGCUUCUGUCAUGGGAUUACUACUGAACCAGGUAAGAAUUUUGAUCUGUUUAAAGUUAAAAAUUUAAUUUUAUGUAUAUCCUCCACCUGCAACUUGUCUGUAAAUAUAUUGAUAUUUGUGUGUUCUUUACAUGUGUCUCUGCUGAAACUUUGUUUGAUUUUUUUUUUUUUCAUAUUUGAGGGCCCAUGAUCAAUUAAUGGAUCAUUUUGGCUCCUGGUUUGAAUUCAGAGUUAGCCUUCUCUUAGAUGAGUUGCCUUCUCUUAUAUGAGUUGCCUUCCAAGGCUAACGAGUCCCAUCCACCAGGGGUGCUUGGGCUUUUGGGUUUGGCUGGGAUUGAACUCCAGACCAGCACUAUUUGGAGUGAGUCAGUUUAGACCACUCGGCCACCCAUUCUUAUCCUUCUUUAUAAAACAUUGUAUCUUUUAAUCUUAAAGAAUUGAGCAGCUGAAUGAUGGCAGUUUAAAUAACUCAAAACAACUCAGACUUUCUCUCCUAUUGCGAAAGGAUAACAUGAGGUAUAUUAAAAUUUACAUUUAUUGUAUUCCAUUCUUGUUUUGUUACAUUAAUCCAUAUAUAUUUACAGAUUUAUGUUACACUAAGUGCAGGAUUCCGUCAUCAUCGACUGCGGCUUCACUUUGAUUCCCGAAUCAUCUCCUCAAACCAGUCAUCUUCAGAGAUGGUAGUAGUGCUUGAUGAUGUCAUCUCUAUUAAACUUUUACAGUGGUGGUACCCUGGCUACCCCUUUACAUCCUGACAAAUGAGAGAAUAUGCUACACAUUGAUAAUUAACUUAAUUCUAUUCAGUCACUUUUUUAGUAAAAAUUGUUUACUCUCUCUCUCCGUUAUAAUAGCUGGUGUCUCUACAAAACUUAACCACAUGGUAACAUAUCCUAACCACACUUUUACAUUUGGACUUAGUGCAGAUUGUGUUUUGGAUACGUUUUGAAGACAAUUUAUUUUAAAUUGGACAUCUAUCAUAAAAAUAGAAUGAAAGGAAUUUUAGAUACAUCCUUAUUAUGCUGAAUACCGUUAUUUCAUUAAAUAAACGUUUAAGAUUAGCCUCGUCAAAUGUUAUUAGCUUGUCAUAAUAAGUUGUCGUUUUAGCAUUUUAGUAUCCUAUUUUUUAUUCAUGGCUUAGGGUUUAUAUUGUGUGUAGUAUUUGGUCAAAUUAGUGAAAGAUUUUACAUUGAACUGGUUGGGAUUAUUGCUGUUAUAUAUUUAUUUUCAAUGCAAUAUUUAUAGAAACAUUAAACAUUUUAUUACUGCCUCAAAGCUAACAGGUUGUAUUAAAUAAAAAGUUUAUGUUUAGCAAGAAAUAAAUACAUCGUAUAUUAAGAAUAUGAGCCAUUUGAUGCUGAUAUUCUGUUAAUACUAAUGUCGACAUAUUUCAUCAUGCAUACAGCAUUUAAAGUACAUUACAUUAUUUAUAUAAGAGCAUGUGAUAAAUGUUUGCAUAUCUCCGAUCUCAUAAAUUAAAGCUAGAGAAAAAAAUCUCAUCAGAAGAUGUGUUUGUGAUGGGUUGGGUUUUAAAAUAUUACAUUGUAUAAAGUACAAUAAUGCAUGCAUUGUUUUGAUCAUUUUGAGAUGUGUUGUUUUGGCUAAAUUAAGUGCUUAUGCAAUACACAUUUUUAACAAGCAUUAACUAAUAAACUGUUGGUAAAUUCUUUCAUUUUAUCAAUACAUUUUAAGAUUUAUGAGGACUUUAGUUUAUACUUCUGUCUUGCAAUUGUUGGGCGCCAAGAUCAAACCUCCUCAAUAGGUGCAAAAAUUAGUUUAAAAAAAAAAAAGAAACCAUGAAAUAUAUUUUGCCUCUCAAACAAAAGAUUAAAUUGACACGAGUUUUAACUUUCAUUGACUUUUCUAUAGGUCUUCUUAUUCUUUGAUUUAAAACCACAUCCCACUCAUGGCAUGGGAAUAUACCCCCCCCCCCCCAAACCAAUCUCCAUGAUCCUGCUUAUAAUAAAUAAUUAGUUCUGAUUCAUCAUGUAGAGAGUCAGUCACUAGUUGUUGUUACUAACUGCCUUGCCAUUUUAAAACAUUUAUCUAUUAUAUUACUUGGCUUUCUUACCACAGGCAGUUAUGACCAAAUGUGCUGACCAAUUUUGAAAAGGUCUCCUUAUACAAAAGUGCAACUCAGGACCACUUAAUCAAGACAUUCCAUCUAUUAGCAAGAACUGCACAAUAUAUAUACACAUCCUAUCUUUUCUUUCUGAUUACACUGGCCUAUUCAAAGACACUUAAUACAUUAAAAAGCAAAAUUAUUUAAAUAAUGAUAAUUAAUGCAGCUAUUAAGGUUACAUUGUAAUUGUGUAUUUUAAUUUCUACUAAUUAAUUUUAAUUGUUUAGGUAGUUAUGUCAAUGUCAUUAAACUUAUUGCUUUGUUUUGUAUAUGGUAGAUUAUUUUUAAAUUGUUGUUUCCAAACUCAUAUUAUUUUAGCUUAAUUUAAAAUGAAUUAAUCAAAUAAUUUUUCAUUGACUCUGUUAAGCCCUUGAUAAUAUUAAGUACCAAUCAUUUCAUAAAUUGUCAACUAAACUAAGAAAGUUUUUGUUAAGCAAUAGUAAGCUAGCCAACAUACUGUAACUUUUUACUUCUAUGAACUCAUUGUGUGACUUAUUCAACCAAUGGUCCAAUUAAGGCCUAUACUAUAGUCACAACUACAUAUAAACAUUGCAAUUGUCUCUGAGACAUAAAUCUGAGCUCUAUUUUUGCUUUUACAGGAGUUAAUUUUUGUUUCUUCUUCCUCAAUGUUCCCUCAAAUGGUUGAAUAACAAAAUGCUUGUAAAAAAUAUUUAUGUUAGUUUAAAAUUCUACAUGGUUACUAGGUUUUGAAGAGUAGCCAAGUUCAGCAACCAGCUUUUUUUAUGUGCUCUGCUGAAACCAAC